AUGGAGAAGAUCUUGGAAGGGCUGGUCAGCUCGUCCUACCCGCUGUCGGUGAAACGGAUGAUCGUGAAGCGCGUGGUGGAGUCGGCCGAGUCGCCGCUGAGCGGGCCGCAGUGCCAGGCCAUGUUCGCCCUGAGCAGCCGCCUCAUCCUGCAGGGCCCCGACCAGUUCCAGCGCCAGGUCGGCCGCCAGGUCCUCGAGGCUUACGCUCGCCACCACCGCGACGACUUCGAGGCCUUCUUCACGCGCGACCUGGUCCUGGCUUUGCUUCACGGGGGAGGAGGAGGAGGAGGCCCCGCGUCCCUGCUCUUCCUCACCGCUCCCUCUCCCUCUCCUCCUCCUCCUCCUCCCGGCCUCGGCUCCAACUUGGACCCCAGCGUCUUAGACUACGUCCAGACUGGCCUGCGGCUUCUCAUCAGCUGCCCGGCGGUGCUGGAGCUCUUCGCUCUGCUCCAGAGGGAAGCGUUGCGCCUGGUGAGCGAGAGGCCGCCGGCGCCUCUGUGCGCUCGCCUUUGCCAGCUCCUCAGCGACUUCCCUCAGUGUCUGCCCCGCGGUAGGAAACUCGCCCUCGCCUUUUGCCAGCAGUUGGUACGCAGCAUCGCUCACUUCCAGACCCAAAGCACCCGGGAAGCUGCUCUCCGCCUCUACGUCUCCCAGGUCACCCAAGUCAGCAACCUGCUGCGCGGCAUCUGGAAAGCAGAACCCGACACGCUGCUGCCUUCCUUGCAGGAGCUCUUCGCCAUCAUCUCUUCCACCGAUACUUCUGAACCUUCGGUUGCUUUGGCAAGUCUUGUGCAGCAUAUCCCCUUACAAAUGAUUACAGUCCUGAUUGGAAGCCUUACCACAGAUCCAAAUGUAAAAGAUGCAAGUAUGACACAAGCUUUAUGCAGGAUGAUUGACUGGUUGUCCUGGCCAUUAGCUCAGCAUGUGGAGACCUGGGUGAUAGCACUACUGAAAGGACUGGCUGCAGUUCAGAAGUUUACUAUCCUUAUUGAUGUUACUUUGCUUAAGAUUGAAUUGGUAUUUAAUCGCCUUUGGUUUCCUCUGGUGAGACCUGGUGCUUUGGCUGUCCUUUCUCAUAUGCUGCUCAGUUUUCAGCAUUCUCCAGAGGCUUUUCACUUGAUUGUUCCACAUGUGGUUAAACUGGUAAUAUCGGUCAAAAGUAAUGGUCUGCCUACCAGCACAGCAUUCUUAGAACAACUGAGUGAAUUAAUGCACUGUAUGAUGUACCAUUACUCUGGAUUCCCAGAACUUUAUGAACCCAUUCUAGAAGCAAUAAAGGAGCUUUCCAAACCCAAUGAAGAAAAAAUUAAGAUUAUACUGAAUCAGAGUGCCUGGACAUCUCAGUCCAGUUCCUUGCAAUCUUGUCUGUCUAGAUUUUCUGGAAAAUCUGAAACUGGAAAGACUGGUCUAAUUAAUUUAGGAAAUACUUGUUACAUGAACAGUGUGAUUCAAGCACUAUUUAUGGCUACAGAUUUCAGAAGACAUGUGUUAUCAUUAAAUCUAAAUGGGUGCAAUUCACUAAUGAGAAAAUUGCAACAUCUUUUUGCAUUUCUUGCUCAUACACAGAGGGAUGCCUAUGCUCCUCGGCUUUUCUUUGAGGCGUCUAGGCCUCCUUGGUUUACUUCCAGAUCUCAGCAGGACUGCUCUGAAUAUCUUAGGUUCCUGCUAGACAGGCUACAUGAAGAAGAGAGAACCUUGAAAGUUUUGUCUUCAUCAAAGCUUCCCGAGGAAAUGAAUGAAGGGUCCCUGGUCCAAGAAGUAGCCAACAAAUCUCAAAUGCUUAUCAAGCAGUCAUGUUCAGUGAAAGAGGAGAGAACCUUGAUAGAAAAAAUGUUUCGAGGGAAACUACAAACAAGCAUAUGCUGUUUAAAUUGCAAAAGUACUUCUCAUAAAGAAGAAGCCUUCACAGAUCUUUCACUUGCUUUUUGUCCUCCAGUAUUCUUUAAAAAUGUUAGCCCACCAACUGUAGAACAUUCAUCUGAUGAGAAAGAUGACUCCAUGGAACAAGUCAGUGCUAGGGCAUUGAGCCCUGUGACAGAGAUGCCAUCGGGUGUGGUCACAGUUGGUGAUUCCUGUGAAAUGGUCACAAACGAUGGGACUUUGAAAGAUGCCCCCAGUGACUCAAAUUCUGAAACUGUUUCUGAUCCUUUUAUCUGUAAGACUGAAGCUGGGGAUAACUUGAAGAAACACAUCAGUGAAGUUACUCCUUCAGUUACUGAUUUGCUAAAUUAUUUUUUGGCACCUGAAGUUCUUAAAGGGGAUAACAAAUACUUUUGUGAAAAAUGUGCCUCUUUACAAAAUGCAGAAAAAAUUAUGCAGAUUGUAGAGGAGCCAGAAUACCUCAUCCUUACACUUUUGAGAUUUUCAUAUGAUCCCAAGUGUCAUAUUAGGCGCAAAAUCCUAGACAAUGUGUCUCUUCCGCUUGUUCUAGAAUUACCUGUUAAUAGAACUCUCUCAUCCUUAAGUACAUUGUCGGGCAUUUGGUCUAUGAGUGUUGAGUUUUCUGACACAGGGGAGAAUCUGGCUAAAAAACUAAAGCCUUCUGGUGCUGAAGAAGUCAGUUGCCCUCAACUAAUCCCUUAUGUAUUAAGUUCUGUAGUUGUUCACUCUGGCAUAUCUUCUGAAAGUGGACAUUAUUAUUCUUAUGCAAGAAAUGUUGCUAAUUCAGGGUCUUCGCUAGGAUCUUUUGAUCAGUCCCAAACUCUGGCUUUAGCUUACCCUCAGAGCAAUUUAACUGCAGCUACUGAAAAGGAUCUGGAUGAAAAUGAAGUCUCAAAGGAGUGGUUUCUAUUUAAUGACAGCAGAGUGACCUUCACCUCAUUUCAAUCAGUCCAAAAAAUUACAAGCAGGUUCCCCAAAGAUACUGCUUAUGUGCUGGUUUACAAAAAACAAAACAGUGCUGGGACUAUCAGUGCAAAAUCAGCCAGUGGGCUCUGGAUCAACGGAGAUCCCCCUCUGCAGAAGGAACUUAUGGAUGCAAUUACAAAAGACAAUAAGCUGUAUUUGCAGGAACAAGAGCUUAGUGCUCGAACCCAGGCUCUAGAAGCAUCUGCAGCUUCCUGUUCUUUUCGGCCAAAUGGAUUUGAUGACAAUGAUCCCCCAGGGAGUUGUGGUCCAACUGGUGGAGGUGGUGGGGGAGGAUUUAGUACUGUUGGCAGGCUUGUAUUUUAAGGAAGAUUGCAUUGGUUUAUAAACAGCUUUGAUUCCUGCACAGGAGUGCUAAUGUUACUGAACUGUAUUAAAUAAUGUCCCAAGCUUUUUUCAAGAUGUGAUUUUUGUUUUAAAAACAACUUUUGUUUUUUGUUUUUAUUUGAAAUAAAUAAGUGCAUCAUGGAGAAAUCUACCUCUUAAAUUCACUUGUUUUUUGGAAGAUCUUCUUGGCCAAAAAGGAAAUAAACUUAAAAAAUAAUAAUAUAGAUCAAUAUAAAGCACUUAAACAUUUAAUUCUAAGUACAGUGAUAAAAUAAUAUUUGAAAAAAGACCUGUUUAUGUGACACCAACAAUGCUUGUAUUUGUUUUUAUUUUAUUUCUUAAAUAUGUAAAUUGUCAAAGGCAUUAGAAAUGAUAACUAUUAAAUGGAAAUCUAAUCUUUUAAACAAUGUAACCCAGAAUAACAAAAGCUCUAAUUCAAUAUAUUUGUAUUACAAGUACAGGUAUGUAAAAAAUCAAUUUCAUGUGCUUGUUAAGUCACUUUUCUAAAUGGAUGUGAAAGUUUUUUGGGGGGAAGAAAAACAUUUGUAGUAUUUCUUAUUGCUUUGAGGAUUUUAAAAUUAUUUCAGGGAGUACAUCUUGCUUUGAAGGAAGAGUUUCUAUGUGCCUUGCCAUACUGUAACAAAGUACAAAUUUUUUGAAGCUGAAGAAAGGUGUAGAACAUGAGUUGUUAAUUUCUUGUUUAAUAUGAAGUUCAUGAAUUUUUGAAAAGUGUUAGCUUCUCCAAAAGUAAAGUCUGAUGGUUCCAAAAAUAUAGUAGUUGCUCAUAUAUUUUUAGUAAUAAUACUGGUUAAAACUUUUUGCAUUGAAAAUUAUCACUGCUGUUUAAAAAUUGGAAGUUAAGUUUUACAUAUAUUGCUGAGAUUAAACCUGUUGGGGUCAUAUUUGCUAAUUUUAUGGUAGUUGGCAAGAAACUUCUUUUCCUCAUGUGAAUCUUAUGUAGAAUUUUUUUCAUAUAUCCUGUUGCAUAUCAAGAUUAUUCAGUGAAUAUGCAGGUUUUGGAGAUUGAGAAACAAAUACUCAAAAUGAAACAAGGUGAGGAUACUUUUUGAAGUUAGAACACAUUUGCACCAUUGGAAUACACUAUAGCCACACAAUGAAGAUUUGAGUACUGGGACCUUAGAGGCAUCGAGUUGAAAGUAAAAAUAGUUUGGUAAGCCCUAUACAGGAUUAAUGUACACAUCUUUACUAAAAUAUGUGAUUUUCAACAAUGCUAUUUUGAAGGGCAUAAGGAGUUGUAACACUGACUGGAUUUGUAUUACACCAAAGAUGCAUUAAACUAAAAACAAAUUACACUCAU